AGCUAUUUAACGGCAGAAAGUUGCCGAAUGUUUGUCGUAUGAUCCGAUCAGUUGCAUUUUAAACUUGUUAUUUCAGCCUGAUAUCGAACUGUGAUUUUCCAUGAAUGGGAUAAGCUUCUGGAUAACCUUAGCUCAGCCAACUGGCAGUUAACUCCAUCUGAAAACACGAUAACUGCCUGCCUUUAUCUCCAUAACCAGGUCAUCAUCGUUCGUUGAAACCGUGCAGUCAUACAGAUUCUCUAUUCUCAUCAUCAGCAUGCCGUUCUCCAAGGGCCUUUUCCACUUGGUCCAAUUGGCGCUUUUCCUCCGUCAAGGUCCAUCUUUCGGUGAAGCAGCCAGCCUUCCAACCCGAGCGGACAAUAGUCGCACUGUUGCCCCUGCGAAUUGUAUCGUGGUAAAACCCAGUGGUGCAAGUGCAUCAGAGUUCACCAGUCUACAAGCUGCCGUCAACUCCAUCGGUUCAUCUACCAAGCCUGCGUGUAUCUUCCUCAACUCGGGAACUUACAAUGAGCGAGUGGAGAUCAAGGUCAAAGCACCCUUGACCCUCUAUGGGUCAACCACCGAUACUGGAAGCUAUAAGAAGAACACCGUAAUUAUCCAGAAUACUCUUGGGUCACAAGAUGCGGGCUCUUUAGAUGCAAGCUCAACCGUUAAUCUUAGGUCCAAUGAUUUCGCCGCGUACAACAUUGACUUCGUCAACGGGUAUACAGCUGGACAGGCUGUUGCCUUGACGGCAAAUGGCAACAAAACCGGAUUUUACGGCUGCUCUUUCAAGUCGUACCAGGAUACUCUGUAUGUCAAGGCUGGAUGGAUGUACUACUCCAACUGUUAUAUCGAGGGCGCGGUUGAUUACAUCUUUGGCAACGGCCAUGCAUGGAUAGGCGAAUCCACUAUUGCCUCUAAUGGACCGGGCUACAUCACUGCAUCAUCUCGGACCGAACCAACCGACACCUCACGUUAUAUCAUCGAUCACAGCACGAUCACAUCUACCGGCACCCAAGAUCUGACCAACAAAGUCUACCUCGGACGUCCUUGGAGAGUCAACGCACGAGUGAUGUACCAGUACAGCACUCUGACAAAUGUCGUGAGACCAGAGGGCUACUCACCCAUGGCUGAAGGCGCAACACCUGUUUUCCAAGAGUUCGAAAACACUGGUGCUGGUGCCGAUACUUCGCAGAGAAAGUACUUCACCCCAUCGGAUAAGGCUCUGACGAAGCAGGAUCUUUGGGGAGCUGAUUUCAAGUGGUAUGAUACGAGCUACUAGUGUUUGAGGUCUACACAUAUAUGAGAGAUAAGGAAUAAUACUACGCAAGAACACCCUCUUGGCUUGCUAUCAAUAAAUUACUUGCCUGGAGUCGAAGGAUCGACACUGGUGUUCCAUCUUUGUAAUAUCUAACGGCAUUCCAUCAGCUGUUUUGACUGCACCCAUACCAUCAACCAAGGCUCCUCUCCAGGUCUUGCACUGCUGAGAUGAAGAUAUGCGUCCUCUUCUAGCUUCCAGGUCAGAUCACCUGGAGAG